AUGGUGAAGCCUACCACUGGCAGCCACUCUUGCUCAGCUAGUGCAUCCAAUGCUGGUGGUCCAGGACCAGCUCCUCUCCUACAGCCAAUGCCAGUUCCAGUGAUGAGGUCAUCUCGCAAGAUCACAAUUACCACUUUUCUGUUGACCUUCUUCUCCUCUUCAAAACAGCUUGACCGUGUGAAGGGAAACUAUGCGACAUGGAGCCGGGAGAUUGUUGAUUCACUUCGCAUGGCUCAGGGACUCGACCGCUAUCUCACUGGUGCCGUUGUCCAACCUGAUCCAAAUCUCGACUUCGAUAGCUCCGAGAACUGGAUUAUCAAUGACAGAAUGAUCUGCGCAUAUAUUAGCAAAUCUUGCUCUACCGAGGAGCAGCACUUCAUCUCCUCUGGUAGUUAUGAUACUGUGAAGGAUCUCUGGGAUGCUAUCCGCUCUCAUCACCAGCAACAAGGCACAUACACUCAAGCACUCUUGCUUCAGGAGGCCUUAUCCUGUCACUUCAACUGCUCUGAGCAUCUUUUGGUCACAGUUGAACGCAUCCAGGACCUUGUCGAAUGCAUUUAUGCUAUUGGUCUACCUACUGCAGACUCUCUCACAUGCAUCUGUCUGCUGCAUGCCAUGGGUGGUGACUUUGCCCACGUUCAAUCCCAGGUUGGCACUGCACUCGCUGAUUCUCAUCGCACGAAGCCCUACACUGCUGCUGACAUUAUCGCAUGUGUUGAUCUCGAGCAACGUCUUAUCGAUGGUACUUCUGGUGCUUCCAAAGAUGUCCUUCUCACCAAGCGCGCUGGUCAUUUUUCGUCAUCUAAGAAGACGUGCACCAACUCUUGGUGCCCUCGUCCUCAAGGUCAUGACACUGCUAAUUGCUGGGGGCCUGGAGGUGUGAUGGAAGGAUGUCGUGAUGAAGUGCUUUCACAUAAGAAGGUUACUUGGGAGAAGGGCAAAUCCUCUGGCAGCUCCUCCCUUAUCAAGAAGGAUGGCUCUGGCCAUGUCUAUCUCAUCGAUGAUGCUGGCCAGACUUACUUUCUAUCUGCUGCCUCUGCCUCUCCUAUAACUGCAUCUUCAGCUGCCUCUCCUUCACCAUCAGCAUCUGAGUUUGCCAGUCUGGCCGCCGUCUCUCCUGACUGGCUCACAUUCGUUUCCUCCGAUCCUGGAAGAUUUGAUGAAAGUUGCCUUAGAGCAGAUAUCAGCACAGUCACGCUCUUUGGUUCUCCAUCUGAUGACGAGCAUGACAACCAAGCUGCAGGUGAUAAAGAGCAGGGACAUUAG